AUGAGUUCCGAAACCCUGGUGUAUGUAAACAAAUGCAUUGAUGCUGAAAGAUCAAAAAUAUCAAUAAAAAUCGAAGCUUUUGAUAUUGAGCCCAGACCAGUAACUGUUGAAAAAGAUUUACAAACUAAUGACUCAGAGCUCUUGGGAAGAAUUCACACUGAAAUUCAGGUCAAAAAUGAACCAGAAACCAGAGAGCAAGAAGUCUCAGCUGUUCAACCUGAGCCAAUUAAACUUGAGCAAGAAAUCUUGGCAGUUGAACCUGAAAUAAUUAAGAUUGAACAAGAAGUCUCAGCCAUAGAACCAAAACCAGAAACUAAAGAGCAAGAUAUUCUAGCUGUAGAACCAAAGAUAAUUAAAAUAGAGAAAAAUAUUUCAGCCGUUCAACCUGAGCCAGAAACUAGAGAACAGGAAAUUUCAGCUGUAGAACCUAAAAUAGAAACUAGAGUGCAAGAAAUCUCAGCUGUUCAACCAGAGCCAAUUAAAGUUGAACAAGAAGUUUUAGCAGUUGAACCAAAAAUUUUAAGGGUUGAAACGGAAGUUUCGGCCGUUGAACCAAAAAUUUUCAGGGUGCAAAGAGGAAUUUCUGUAAGAGAACCUAAGAUAUUUAGAGUGGAACAACAAACUAUGGCAAGAGAAGAGAUUAUAAGAAUAGACAAAGAAACAGAAAUAGAGGAUCUUGUAGAAUCAGAAGUUGAAGAUAAUCCAUUGCUCAAAGAAAACUCAGAAGAUGAAGCUUAUUCUGAUUACGAACUUUCUUCUCUGUCCUCAGCUGAGUUUGAAAUAAACAGAGAAGGAUUUUCGUCAUUAAGCGAAAAGGAUCCAAAGACAAUACUAACAUGGAAUGUGUCUGGACUAGCUCUUUCAAAGUCUAAAAAGACAAUUUGGGAAUCAUUCUUACAAAUAUUAAAACAACAUGAUCCUGAUAUUGUCGUGUUACAAGAUGUCAAAUUAUGUUCAUCGGAAAUAUUAGGAAAACAGCCAAAAUUGUCGGCAAGAACAUAUGGUGGACAUGUUUCGCCUUCAUACGCCCAGGAGGUCCAAGACGCAGAUUUGGUAAAUGAGCUUAAAAGGACCACAUUCAAGAAGUAUUAUUUAGUACAUUCCCUGUCGGCAUGGAGAAUUGCAGGCCAAUUGGUAUUCGUAAAGAAAGAAUUUGAAUGUCUUAAGAUGAGGUACAACCUAAACAUUAAAGCUAACGCUAAAUAUCACCAUCCGGAGGGAAGAUGUAUCAUAUUACAGUUCAACAGUUUUUAUCUAAUUUCACUAUUGUCACCGGUUCAAGGCUGGAUUAAUAGGUCAGUAAGAAUCAGAAGCAGAUGGGACAGAGAAUUAGCAACCUUUCUGAACAACUCUAAAAGUGAAAAAGCCACUAUCAUAACUGGAUGUCUUAACUGUGCACCUCAAGAUAUCGAUUUAUCUGAUCCCGAGAGGUUGAAACAGGAAAAAUCAAUAGUUUUACACAAACAGGAAGAAUUGGGUUUCCCUGGUUCAAGAGACGUUGAUAGGGAAGGUUUCAAAUGGCUAUUGGACGCAGGUAACAUGGUCGACGUGUUUAGGGUUAAACAUCCCUACGAUGGAACAGAAAAGACUGAGAAAAACAUCAAUGAUAAAACAAGAUGUGCAGUUAGAACCAACUUAGUUUUGAUGUCCAAGAACUUUUUGAGGAAUGUCAAGUUUUGCGAAAUCAUUGGAAACGUAAAUGACCUGAACCCAUCUGGUUGGAGACACUUGCCUCAGUUACUAAGGCUGGAAAAGAAAUAA